AUGGAGACCCCUUUACAUGAACAGAUAAGUAAAUUAACAGAGUGUAUACAAGGCCUAACAAAAUCCCACGAGGAAUUGAAAAAACAGAUGCAGGAUGCAUGUGUGAUUGCCCAGGAAUCUUGUGCGAAUGUCUCAAUGCUUUCCAAGAAAACAGAUUCAUUCGAAAAGAGGCUUGAAUUUUUCGACCGUAAAGACAGAGCAAAUAAUAUAAUAAUAUUUGGUCUAGAGGACAAAGAAGUUAACAGUGUUGAUUUGUGCUCAAUUGUUCUUUCUAUUUUCAAGAACUUGGAUAUUCGUAUUCCUGAAUUGGCUGUAGCGGAUACCUAUAGGUUGGGAAAGACUGGUGAGAAGAGACCGGUCAUCGUCAAGUUCAUAGCUCCUAGAUGGGUUCAGAAUGUUUUCAUGAAGAUCACAGAGUUUAGGAAACUCGAUCUCGCAGUCGCUAACGACCGAACUAAACAAGAAAGAGAGCUGAGAAAAUCGCUUAUACUCCAAGCUGACACAAUCAGGAAAACGGGCAAGAAGGUGACAAUUAAGAGAGGCAAAUUAAUUGUAGAAGGCGCUGGUACUGGCGAACAGGAAGUGGAGGCUACUUUGGAAAACAACAAAAAUUCGGCACCCGUCCUAAAAAAUGCUGAGAACUCUCCAUUUACUAUUGCUAGACCCAGUCCAAGAAGGGGACCAGGACGUCGCACAAAAAAGGAGAUCCCAGAGAACUAUUCCGCUGCUGCUUGCAUGAACUCUUUUGUAAUAAGAGAAAACGCAACACCAACUUCCUCAAAGGUAGAUCGAUUUCGCAAAUCUACACAAGAGUAA